AUGGUGGAAGAUCUGAUCGUGAAGGACUCCGCCGAUAACGCCAUCGGCCCGGACCUCCUGAUGGUAGCAGGCACCCUCAAGUUUUUCGAGGAGGCACUCUUCAGUCUCGUCGCUGGACACCAGCCUUUUGCGGACGAGGUUCCAGUGCUGACCGAGAGCCCAUCUAGCACUCCAAUCGAGGUCGACCUUCCAAAAAAUUUGGCCGUCAACAGGAAAACGAAAGGAAAAACGAGUACUAGGUAAGAACCAGCAGACAGCAAAGACACAAAGACCUCCCAACUCUUUGUCACUCUCAGCGAAACCUACGGGCAAGGAUACGCUCUUUAUAACCUUACAACCUGACGUGCUUCCACCAACUCCUCAGCGGGGGGUAGUGGCUUGGAAAACCGUCAUGGGUCGCAAAAAUAGAGUACCUAAGCAUUCUGCGGAGAAAGUUAACUCGACCUUGGUGGGCAAAACCCGCGAACGCGUCAGGCUUCCGAGACCCAGUUCGGCUACAGCUGUUCUGAUCAAGGUCGCCGAAGGAUCCUCCUACGCUGACACCGUCAGUGCGGUGUUAAGGGGUUCUUAA